UGAAGUGGUCACUCGACGAACAAGAUUUGGUAGUUUGCUGUCACCGUUGCCCACGCCCUGUCAGAGUAGGGACAUGUUUGUGAUCGCUUGGAAAAGCGUACUGGGACUCGUUUUGGCUCUGCUGGACGUAGUGGCUACUGUAGAUGGCCAACUGGAGGACGGAUGGCUUCCUUGGCAAUCGUGGAAUCAGUGCAGUCGAACUUGCGGCGGUGGGAUAUCCAGACGCAUUCGUCUUUGCUCGGACGAUGCCAGAGAGGCUGGUGGAUGUCAGCCGGCUAAUGGAGACAGGCAGUUUAGAUCUUGUAAUGUUCAGUCUUGCCCGCCUAAUUCUAAGACGUUCAGAGAAGAACAGUGCUCGAGACAAAACCGGAGGUUCAAUGGUCGAUAUUAUUCAUGGGUCGCUUACACAAGAAGCGACUUGGAUCCGUGCAUAUUGCACUGUUUUGCAACAGAGGAAAGUUUCUUCUAUCCAUUCAGAAGGGUUCUGGAUGGCACAGAGUGUUCCCAUCAAGAUGGAAAUGGUGUCUGCGUUGAAGGACAGUGCAGGAAAUUGGGAUGUGACAAGCUCUUGGAGUCUAAUAAGGAGAAAGACAGAUGUGGAGUCUGUGGAGGAAACGGGUCUACUUGUGUUCUAAUUCAAAACAGAUUUCUAGAGACAAAGGUCAAGGUGGGAGCAUACAAUGAAAUUACUCGAAUUCCAGCAGGAGCGUAUGACAUUGAAAUAAUCGAAGAUGUGGCGACAUCCAAUCUCCUAGCUCUAGCAGACAGACAAGGACGUUACUUCAUCAAUGGACGAUUUCAGAAAGACAGCGCAGGGACAUAUAACGUUUUCGGUGCGACGUUUGUGUAUACGGUCGGUAGUCGUGGCGAGUAUGCAAAGGAAAGUCUGCGAUCUGGCGGUCCAAUCAGCAGUGACCUCAUCGUAUUGCUGCUUUGUCAAGCCGGCAAUCAGGGAGUGACGUACAGUUAUGCCGUUCCGACUCGAACUCAGACAUUGGCGUCUAUACCAUUUAUAUGGCGUGUUGGAUCGUAUGGUUCUUGUAAUGCAAGUUGUGGUGGCGGCGUACAGUCGCGGACGGUCAUCUGUGUGCAAGAGAGCACAGAGACGAUAGUCGACGACACGUUUUGUGAUGCGGCGUCUCGUCCCGUCAGCCGUCGAGUCUGCAACAAUGUCGUAUGUCGGAGUCAGUGGAAUGUGGCGGACGAUUGGUCAACGUGCUCGAAGACGUGCGGAGGAGGAGUGAAAACGCGAUUGGUCGUUUGUGUUCGACAAGACAGCCCUACGACUGUAUUGAACGAUUAUGAUUGUCGCAAGAAAGCGAAGCCGAGAUCGAGUCGGCCAUGCAGUGUCAGUUCUUGUCCGAUGUGGAAGCUAGGCAGUUGGUCACAGUGUUCGGCAUCGUGUGGACUUGGUCAACGAACGAGGAAGGCUCAGUGUUACACACAAGAAGGCAGUAAAGUAUCGAACAAGCGUUGUAGGAGUCUUUCACCCGGUCCGCUUCGCGCAUCGUGCAACUUAGGUUCAUGCGACAACGACCCGAGUUGGUACAUCGGUGGCGACUGGAGUCUUUGUACCGUGUCAUGUGGGCAAGGAGUGCAGAACAGGGAAGUGGUGUGUCGCACAAGGAUGGAUCGAUUUCCAGACGAGAGAUGUUUGUCGUCUAGGAAACCGGUUGACACUCGGAUAUGUAAUCGUGGACAGUGUGGUCCGCGGUGGCUUUUUUCCGACUGGAGCCCGUGCUCGAAAACGUGUGGAAUUAGUGUUCGGACUCGUGAGAUCUACUGUGCUCGGCAGUGUGAUGCCAGCUCUGAGGUACAGUGUUUAGAUGGUGAUAAGCCAUCUAUAACUGAGAGAUGUCAGUUGGCCUCGUGUGACCUGGACUUGCCUACUGUUGAGGUAUUACGAGUCGAAGAAACGGUUCCUACGACCAAAUCAAUACAAAAUUUUGAAUUAACUCCAUCUGCAUCGACAUCUGACUUUCCGGCAACCACAGAAGUGCCAUAUGAGCCAUUGCCUGUCAGGUAUCGAUUGUCUGUUCGUGUUGGAGAGACUGUUGCAGUCAGUUGUCAUGCAGUGGGACUGCCGACUCCGUUUGUUCGCUGGUUGAAAGACGGAAAUCCUCUUGUUGGAAGAAAUCAGCGCAUUACGCAGAAAUCGGUGUCAACGCAAGUGCAGAGUGGUCCACGUCGAGGAGCCAUUGAGCUGAAUAGAACGCUUGAGAUUAAGAAUGUGCAGUUUAGUGAUGCAGCUGUGUAUCAGUGUGAAACCAGACUGGCACGGAAUCGUGAACCGACUCUAACAGAGACAAUACUGGAGGUUUCAAGUGGUCCACAGAGAAGAGGAGAUAUACCUGGUGCUGAUAGACUGCUUGAAAAUUUCCCCACAAAGUUGCCUCCUGUACACCGACCAUCAUUCAAACUCCCAGCACAAAUCGACAGCAUGUGUAUCAAUCUCUACCACCCUGACACUUGUGCAAGGUACAGCAAGAAAGGUUAUUGCAAAUUCAAGCACAUCUCCAGGCAGUGCUGCCAAUCCUGUCGACUAAGCAGAUGAAAUGUCAAAAGAUAAUUGAGUUAAUGACAAUUGGUAGAUUUGUUACUAAUUGAACAUAACGUGCUAACUGACAUUGAACCCACUCGUUCAGUAUAUCCUGUAAUGCAAUUCUAGCAAGAAUAAGAAACAAAAACAAA